CCAAAUUGCACAACCCCCCAAAAGCUUCUUUGUUACCGCUUUAUUAUUUUCCCACUAAAGGCCAUGUUUGCCUCAGGCCAGCUAUAAUUUGAUUAAUCCACCGAAAGGGUAGCCAGACGCAUUGCUGUGGAGGGCACUGAGGAGCUUUUGAAGAGAUGGAGACUUUAGUCUUUUUAUUUUCAUUUUCUGCCCUUGGCAUUCUGUAUGCCAUGAACACCAUCCCCGAGUUUCAAGAGCCUUAUGUGAUCCUGGAGAUCGGUGUGGCUGUGCUGGUGAUUGUGUUUCUGUUCUACUUCCUCAUCACUCGUGGCAACCCACCUAAAGACCUCUUAUUCUUUGUUUUUGCUGAAUUUUCUUUUACUUGUAUCAUUGACCUGACGAGUGCCUUGGAAUAUGACGGCAUUAUAUCUGGUUUCAUGGAAUUCUACCAGAAGACAGGAGAGCCCUACCUGGGGACAGCAUAUGCCAUCAUGAUGUGUUACUGGGAUGGAAUAGCGCACUUUAUCAUGUACCUGCUGAUGAUCGGCAGGAUAACAGACAGGAAAGCCUACCGUACCCUGGGCUUGUUCUGGGCUGGCUCGUUGUGUGCCAACAUGAGUGUGUUUAUUUCUGGAAUAGUGGCAGGUAAAUAUGGGUCAGAGAUCCGGCCGGCAUUCUGGAUCAAUUUUCUCUUUCUUUUGAUGCCUAUAGUGGGAGCUGUCACACUUUUUACUAGGCCCAAGGACAGGCCACUAAUUGGUGGAUACAAUGCCAAGCACGCUCAGAGCAUGAAGCUGAUCUGGCGUCCCUUGGACAUGAUCCUGGUGGUGCUCCUGUUGGCGGCCAUGGCCUUCACCAUCCUCAGAGGUUUGGUGGCUCUGGAUUCUCCACUUGAAGUUUGUUCCUUGUACCUGAAGCAUUAUGAACCCUACCUGAAGGAUCCUGUCGGCUACCCCAAAGUCAUGAUGCUGCACUUGUUUUUUUAUGGACUCCCCCUGCUGGGUGCGUUCGUUUACGGCCUCCUCAGGCCCGGGUGCACAUGGAUGUCGGACUGGACGGUGUUCUGCGCCGGAGCAAUGAUCCAGUGCCAGUGGGCCCACAUCGGGGGAUCCCUCCACCCUCGUACCACAGCACCAUUUCGUAUCCCAAAUGACGUUUUCUGGUUGGUGCUGGUGGCCAACCUGCUCUACGCAGUCACUCCGAUCCUGGUGAUGCUGCGGGUUCAGAGCAAUCCCUAUUUCUUCCUGAAAAUCGCCCCCUUCCCUGGGGAGACUGGGCUGCCGUACAGCGAGGAGAAGGAUACCAAGUACAAAGAGAAAUGAUCGUCAUAAAUCUCCUCUCACCUUUGGAGUGAAUGACUUAUCUGAUAGUUCGUGGAGAGCUGUUUUAUUUCAAAUGCAAUAUUUCAAAAUGCCAAAAUACAAGAUUAUUUUGCUCAA